UGAUAAUGAUGAUGAUGGGAAUGGGGAGGAUGCAAUGAAUGCUUAUCUUCAUGCAGAAUUGAAGCAGUCCAAACAUUCUGUCCCUCACCCUAAACCUGUUUUGUUUAAGCAGGACAGUGCAGUGCCACCUGUUGUGCGGCCUAAAGAUGACCAUCGGUCUCAAGCCCAGUCUUCUUUUGGGCCUAGUAACCCUUUUCCUCCAGUGUUACAGACACCAUCAGGUACACCUGGAGCAUCAGUGAACAUCCAUGGGCCACAGAACACUAACCCUGCUCCAGUGCAACAUCGGCUGCCAUCUACACACAGGAAUGCGCGCACACCGACACAGGCAAGCCAUGCUGUGUCCUCUGGUAGGCCUAAACCUCCACCUACUGUGUAUGAUCUUAUGCAACGCCAGAAUGACAUCACGGCCCAGCUAGUUAAAAAUCAAGCUUUAGCCUCUCUCCCACCUAGAGUGAUUGCUGAGUAUGAUGGAGACCCUUUGAAAUAUGCUGCAUUCAUAAGAGCAUUUGAGCAAGCCAUCGAAAAGAGGACUAAUGACAAAGAAGAAUGUCUUUAUUACCUUGACCAAUACACUAGAGGGCAGCCAAGAGAAUUGGUUAGGAGCUGCUUUAACAUGGCUCACGGGCAAGGCUACUAUAGGGCCAAAAAUCUUUUAAAGGAACAUUUUGGUAACGAAAUGAGAAUUGCUGCGGCGUAUAUUGACAAGGCGAUGCAAUGGCCAGUGAUGAAAACUGACGAUGUUACUGCCCUACAAUCUUUUUCCAUCUUUCUAAGAGACUGCUGUAAUGUGAUGGAGGAUUUACAGCACCUGGAGGAGAUGAACGUCCCGUCUAAUCUUCGACUGAUGAUGACAAAGUUACCAUACAAGAUGAGGGAAAAGUGGAGGACAACCGCGUGGGAACUCCAGGAGAAGCGUGGGUCCAGGGCCAGGUUCUCCGACUUCGUGAUCUUCAUCGAACGCCAGGUGAAGAUUCUGUCCGACCCUCUCUUUGGAGACUUGCAGGGUACACCACCACCGCCCUCCUUUAAGUCCAAGGCUGGGCCAUCAGGAAGCAGACAUGUCACUGUUGCCGCAGUCGAUGCUGUCCGACCGCCAAAUCCAUCAGCACCCCAACAUCAGCAUGGAGGGCCAUCUGCACAGAGACGUGUGGCCAUACUGGGGCCGGGGAAGAUGAGCAGAUCAUGUCCAUUGUUCCUGUACAGGUGAAGUCUGGGAGUCACGUGAUCAACACCUACGCUUUCCUUGACCCUGGGAGCUCAGCCUCUUUCUGUACUGAACAUCUUAUGAGAGAGCUGAAUGCUUCAGGUGCCAAAACAGACUUUCUUCUUCGCACACUUGGCCAGGAAAAAGCAGUCACUUCCUUCUCAAUCAAUGGCCUCCAAAUUUCUAGUAUGACAGGAGAUGAAUUCAUGGAUUUGCCUGAAGUUUUCACACAGAAAACAAUGCCUGUGGGAAGAAGCAACAUUCUCACUGAAAAGGAGUUGAAGAAAUGGCCAUAUCUGAAAGGUGUCAACAUUCCCAGUCUUGAUGCAAGGGUUGAAUUGCUCAUAGGGACCAAUGCCCCAAAGCUCAUGGAACCAUGGGAAAUAAUUAAUAGUCAAGGUGAAGGACCUUGGGCAUACAGGACCCUAGUGGGGUGGGUCGUGGGUGGUCUACUGAGAGGCAGUGAAGGUAAAGGCAGGUGUGGUUCUCCUGCCCACACAGCCAAUAGGAUCUCAGUCUCUAAGCCACAGAAACUGGUAGUUGCAAAACCCAAGCCAAUUGUCAAGAAUGCCUAUCACCAUGAAAAGCAUAACUGUUCUGGCUUGCCUUUUAUAACUGCAGAUGUGACCCUUGCAGGCAAUCCUGUCAGAGCAGACGAGAUUCCAGGAAAGGAACUGCAGCCUGACCUCCCUCCACAGGAAUCAGUCUUCCAGACAGGCAUGAAUGUUUUAAAGAAUACUGCUGAUAACCCAUGUCUACCCAUUGUUACCAGUGAAUUCACAAAGGUUGUACAGGGCGGAGUGACUGAUGCAAAGCUGAACCGGCCAGAGGGGAUGUCCAGAGUGAAGGAGGAAGAAGAGGGUCCUACUACCAUCAUGGCUCAGCCUCUGAUCUCUGCGAACCCUGAAGUGGAAAGAGAACCACAGCCGAAUGCGUGCAUUCCUCACAACCCAAUGCAGGCAACACAAUUGUCUUUUAAUUACUUUUCUGAUUUUAAAGAAUUAAAGAUACGUUUUGAAUUGAAUGUCAGAUUAAGAGACCUGGUUUUAAGUGUGUUACAGAAGAGAAAGUUCAUUAACCCUCCUGAGCUGUGGAAAGAGAAAUUAAAGGUUGGUGACCAAGAGGACCAGGCUGCGGCUGACCAGAAGGGACCAACACGAAUGAGACCUGGAGGAAGUUUCCCAUUGAUGACGUCCCCGGAAUGGAUCCAGGUGCUACAGGAGGCUCGUGGUAGAAGGGACGGAGGGCAAGCAUCUCAAGACGAGGGGACAUGUGCAUCCAGUCCAGAGAAGAGUAAGAACUGGCCAACCACCCAGUCAUGCCUCUUCAUAGAAGCUGAAGACCAAAGUCCCAAGACCUGAGAUGACCAGACGACUACAUGACCAGAUGGCGACGACCUGGCUGCAUCAAGAAGAUUUAGUAUAAGAAAUGUGUCACUUAAGAUUAGCUCUGCACAAAUGGCUCCUUAGUUUUAAUUGGGUAAUUAUGGUUUAGUAUUCACUCAUAAUUAGGGGCCGGGGUGUAGGAGCCAUUUUAUUCUCACCUAUAGGUAGGUUUAGCGUAGUUUUAGAUUUAGCCACUUGGGGGAGCACUUCACUGUUAUGGUAGCUCACUUAGUCACAGGUAGAAAUACAGGUGCCCAUGAUUAGGGGCUAAUGACGGCUUGGACUGGGGAACACACGGUUCUUACCGUUGCCGUGUGCCAGCCGAAUGUGAUAUAUCUCUUUUAAUACAGCACAGCACAACAGCACAGAGGUGAUCUAGUUUUUAUAUUAAAUUAAAGUUUUUGCAAUAAACGGGGAACAACCCCAAAGGGAUUUUUUGGCUGGACAUUCCAUGUUUGCUGCGCGUUGAGAACACCUG